AUGGUAUGUUUGAAAAUGGCCGAAAAUCUGGUGUCGUCAUCGCCUGAGCCAAAACUCACGGCGGACAUAUGCGAAACUGCCAAGGCCCUCGGAAUCACUUCACAUGGCGAAAUGUUUUCAGUUGAAUGGAUGGGAAACCUGGCUGUCGCUAUUUACGAAUGUCACACGGAGGUCGCUGACUCACGAAAAGUGUCAGGGCGAUCAUUAGCUGAACGGAUCUUGAACAAAACUGCCGUGCUGGUUCCCUACGACUGUGACAAAAAUUUUGAACCGUGCGAGAAAGCGGGAAACACCGCCCACUGGGCGUUGUUAGUCGGCUUUUUGAUUCUGUCUCCCGCUAGCCGGUGUCCAGAUUUGAUGGAAUUGUCUGCAGCAGCCGAUUCGGAAGUGCCAAAUCUGUACUGGAUUUGCGACAUCGAAGGCGUGGCUGCUCGGACCAUUUCCCAGCAACAUAGCGAAUCGCUGUACGUAUUUGCUUUGCAUGGCAAAAGUAAACACCCUGGAGUCUGGCCGUUGCACAGCUUGUUGCGAAGUAACCAGAACCUUGUCGAUUACAGUCACAGCAAGGUCUUGGAAAACGCAUUCCGCUUACCUCCUGGAGGCGUCGAAGAAGGUCUGCGUAACAAGUUGUUACUGCUUUCCCACAAAUAG